AUGCCACAGCACGAUGUUAUAGCGUGGACUGGAAUGCUCCGAGCAAACUCCCAGUGCGGUGAAAUCGAUCAAGUACACAAUCUCUUCGAUUCAAUGCCUCAAAGAAACCUUGUGUCGUGGACAGUUUUCCUAGAAACACUUUGCAAUCAAGAUAAUCUUGCAAAAGCUAGAAGAGUGUUUGAUCUGAUGCCCCAGAGAGACAGCGUUCCUUGGAAUGUUAUGAUCACUGCAUAUGCCCAACGAGGGCAUGUAAACGAAGCAAAGUGCUUUUUUGACAGUGUAGAAGUUCCAAACGUUAUCACGUGGAAUUGCAUGAUCGGAGCGUAUGGGCAAAAUGGACACUUAGACGAUGCUUGGGCAUUGUUUAGACGCUGUUUACAGCCAAACAUAGUGACCUGGAACGUUCUUAUCGUGUCGUUUGCCCAGAAUCUACAUUGUGCUGAGUCCAUUCAUCUCUUUGAAGUCUUGAAUCUGGAAGGGUUCAAGCCAGACGAGCUGAGUUUCAUGGGCCUUUUGAUCGCUUGCUGCCACCUUGGGCUGGUAAUUGCUGCUAGAGAUACCUUGGCUUCAAUGGUUUUUGACUACGAUAUAAGCCCUGAGCGAGAUCACUACUGCUGCUUGAUCGGUGUUCUUGCAGGAGCUGGGCUCUUGGAUGAUGCCGAGGAUCUCAUCAACACAAUGCCAUUUGUUCCAGAUGUUUCCAACUGGGGAUGCUUCGUGAGUGCCUGUAAGAUCCACUCUGCUGGAGUGGAUAGGAGUGUUGGUGCUGCUUUCAAUGCCAUCGCGAUGGAUCCUAAAAACUCAGCACCAUACGACAAUUUUUACUGA